AUGAAUCCACUCACCUCCAUUAUCUCUUGUCUUACCGGCCAAAGCGCCCCAACUCAACCGUCUCUUCAGGUGAGCGAGAUCAACACAGACUCAAAGCUCAUCACCGCCCAACCAGUCCUCUACUCUGACGACGCAGCCUCUCAAUUCGUAACCAUUCUACAAACCCACACGGGCACCCAAGCUCAACUUCACCACCGUCUUGAACAGGUCGUUUCCACCACCGGCUGGACAUCAAGCCUCGCCGAAGCCAUCGAGCGCAAGAUCGAGAACCUCUUGAAAGAUGGCGCAGAGCUUGCUAAGCCCAUGGCUGAAGCCGUAAAGAGAGCUACAAACACCGCUUUGGAGUUUGCGAAAGAACAUCCUGUUUAUGCUGGGUUGAUCGCAGCUGGUACCAUUGUUGCUAUCGGUGUUUUGGUGGAGUUUGAGCUUGUUUGGGUGCUGAGAGCGCUGGGGUUCGAUGAGAUUGGGCCCAGAGUUGGGAGCUUUGCCGCGAGAUGGAUGAGUAGCCUUGAGAAGGUGCCCAAGGGAUCGAUUUACUCGUAUUUUCAGAGGCUGGGGAUGAAGAUUGCUAAGUGA